AUGAAGGCCAUGGAGGAUCAAGUAGUCCAAGAAGAACCAGGAUACCAGGAUGAUGAGGAAUCCUUUUUUCAGGAUAUUGACCUGCUACAGAAGCAUGGAAUUAACGUAGCAGAUAUUAAAAAACUGAAGUCAGUUGGGAUCUGCACAAUCAAAGGAAUCCAGAUGACCACAAGACGGGCACUGUGCAAUGUAAAAGGGCUUUCAGAGGCCAAAGUGGACAAGAUUAAAGAAGCUGCAAACAAGCUUAUUGAACCAGGCUUCCUGACCGCCUUUGAGUACAGUGAAAAACGGAAGAUGGUAUUUCAUAUAAGUACUGGUAGCCAGGAAUUUGAUAAACUUCUGGGUGGUGGGAUUGAAAGCAUGGCAAUCACUGAGGCCUUUGGAGAGUUCCGGACAGGCAAAACCCAGCUAUCUCACACCCUUUGUGUGACAGCUCAGCUUCCAGGACCAAAUGGCUACACAGGUGGAAAGAUUAUCUUCAUUGACACUGAAAACACUUUCCGACCAGACCGUCUUCGUGACAUUGCUGAUCGUUUCAGUGUUGACCACGAUGCAGUACUUGACAACGUGCUGUACGCACGUGCAUAUACUAGUGAACAUCAGAUGGAAUUGCUUGACUAUGUAGCAGCCAAGUUCCAUGAGGAGGCUGGUAUCUUCAAGCUAUUGAUCAUUGACUCCAUAAUGGCACUUUUCCGUGUGGAUUUCAGUGGUCGUGGAGAGUUGGCUGAACGACAGCAGAAACUCGCUCAGAUGCUGUCAAGGCUCCAAAAAAUAUCAGAAGAAUAUAAUGUAGCCGUGUUUGUGACCAACCAAAUGACUGCCGAUCCUGGAGCAACCAUGACCUUUCAGGCAGACCCAAAAAAGCCCAUUGGGGGCCACAUCCUUGCUCAUGCUUCGACUACCAGGAUUAGCUUGAGGAAAGGGAGAGGGGAGCUGCGUAUUGCAAAGAUAUAUGACAGCCCUGAGAUGCCUGAAAAUGAAGCCACAUUUGCAAUAACUGCUGGAGGGAUUGGGGAUGCCAAAGAAUAG